UCUCCUUUUUCCACACCUGCCUGCCCUUCUUUCUGCCCCUCGCAAGGCGUCUGCUUUGUUCACGCAAGCUUUUCAGCUACCUUCCCCUCCCAAUCCACCACCACCAUCAUCAUCAUCAUCAUCAUCAUCAUCAGGGAGAGAGAGAGCGAGGAUGGGAGUGCCUGCGAAAAUAGCGCCGUCGAUGCUGUCGUCGGACUUCGCCAAUCUGGCCCCGGAAGCCCAGCGCAUGCUCGAUUGCGGCGCCGACUGGCUCCACAUGGACAUCAUGGAUGGGUAGGUUUCCACAGCCAGUUCAAUCUCGUUGCUGUUUAAUAGCCUUAUGAAGAGAUUUUAUGUCUGGCGAUGCACUUUGUCCCUAAUCUAACUAUAGGAGCUCCAGUCAUCAAGAGUUUGAGAAAGCACACCAAGGCUUAUUUGGAUUGCCAUCUUAUGGUCACCAAUCCUCUUGAUUAUGUUGAACCUUUGGGGGACGCCGGUGCUUCAGGUUUUACAUUUCAUGUUGAGGUGUCAAGAGAAAACUGGCCAGAACUUGUGAAGAAAAUCAAGUUAAAAGGCAUGAGGCCUGCUGUGGCUGUAAGACCUGGAACCCCUAUCGAAGAGGUCUACCCUCUGGUCGAAGGUGAAAAUCCUGUGGAGAUGGUCCUUGUCAUGACUGUAGAACCUGGGUUUGGUGGGCAAAAGUUCAUGCCAGAAACGAUGGAAAAGGUUCGUGUGCUGAGAACCAAAUACCCAUCACUUGACAUAGAGGUUGAUGGCGGUUUAGGACCUUCUACCAUUGAUAUGGCAGCUUCUGCGGGGGCAAACUGCAUUGUUGCUGGAAGUUCUGUGUUUGGAUCACCAGAGCCAGCACAGGUUAUACUUCUUAUGAGGAAGAGUGUCGAGGACGUGCAGAAUAGUAGUUGAUACUGGUGCAGUUCGGAUGCUUCGAGCAAAAUUCGGCCGAAACUGAACGCUCCAGCAAGCUCAAGCUUAUAGGCGUGGCCGUCCUGCACCUCACGAGCGCGAUAUUUUUGCCAAAGUGGGGUCGAAGCAUCACAUUAUUCGAAACAAACCAACUUCAUAAGACUAGUCAAUUAUCGCAAGAGCGGGUUUUUUAGCAUUUUAUGCUGGUCCUGCGCUUGGGUCGAAAACGAUACGGGAGAUCUGUCCUUCUGCUUUGACCACCUGAAACAUCGUCAAGGGUCACGUGGGCUUUCCUUGAUGGCGUUUGAUCUGAAACUUUUCGUAGUAUUUUUUUAGCGUUUUUCUUUCUGUACUCGCUCUUCUUUUAGGGCAAGGGUGCCUGAGUGCCCAGCAUGUGUUGUCACGUGCAUGUGACUCCUCCCUUUUAUUUCUUCCCUUGGGACUCGCGACUUUCGUUUUUGUACUCGCAUAUUUCUGGUAAAUUGUGGAGGAGAAAGCUCUUGGUAAGUCUUUCUAAAA